GCUGGGUUGGAGAAGUAGAAGGAUUUGAUAGGAGGAUCUGAGUUGCAGCUGCUUGAAGACAGCUGGAAGAGGAGGUCAUAUACAGCUAACCCUGCUGGAGCAGGAUGCUUACCUUGAACUGCAAUCAGUGGAUGGGGCAUCAUCAGUGAUGAAUGGGACAGCACCUGUGGCUAGGUGUCCUCUGUGUAUUUGGGGGUUGCAUUAAGUUGUCAUCAGAAGCUUUCUUUGGUGGAACAGGCUAUCAUAUUGUUAUCAUCCUAGACAGAUUGUUUUCACUAGGACAGGUUGAAGAGAGCAACAGAGUAGUGUGAAGUAUUUUUGAAGGGCGUCAGAUUUUCUGGUUGGCAGGAACAAUAACCAAGAGAUAAGCAUACAGCCUGCCCUGCCUAAGUGUGUCUUGAGUAAUAGAGAACUAGAGACAUGAGAAUGAGGGAGUCUUAUUCAGACUUAGGGAUGUUGGUUUUGCUGGUGUGUUAACAGUUGUUUCUCUGACUUUCUUUGCUGUGCACAAGUCCAAGAGAAUUUGUGAGUAAUUUUUCAAGUAAGGCUGCACUAGUUGCUGUCAGACACAUCUCAGAAUACAAAGUUUUUAGUGUUUAAUUUGCACUUCUGGAGAUGGAGAAAGAGCUUUCAAAUUUCAGUAAAUACUGUUCCCAGCUUACAGGGGAGGAAGCCAAGUUACUGAUUUAUUAGCCUGUAGUUCUAUAUGUAUAUCAUGGCUCCACAAGAUUUGGAUUUAUCAUUGGGUAAUAUCAAUUAAGACAUCUGAAAUGGAUUUUGGAAGAAAUACCCUAUAAAAUACAUUUGUGGAAAAGAAAACAGUGUCAGAAGGUUAGAUGUGAUUAGGUGAGGCAAAGAAGAAAGUAAUUAACUUUUAGUAUAUGUGCACAGAAGUAUUGCUUAUCAAUUAAGAGCUACCUGGUCUCCUGGUCUAGGAUUUUGGCUGUCGUGCUGCUCUUUGGUUCAGAAAAGCUGCAAAAAAGAUGACUAAAUAUCAGAGAUGAGGAACAGAAUUCCCUAAAAGGCUGCAUAAUUUACAUCUUUAGGAAGGAGGAGGGAACCUCUACGAUAAGAUUCUGCGGCAAAAAGACACGUUGUUUGAAGAAGAGAUGGUGGUUUGGUAUCUCUUUCAAAUUGCAUCAGCCGUGAGCUGCAUUCAUCGAGCAGGAAUUCUUCACAGAGAUAUAAAGACAUUAAAUAUCUUUCUAACCAAGGCAAACCUGAUUAAAUUGGGAGACUAUGGGUUGGCAAAGAAGCUGAACUCUGAAUACUCUAUGGCUGAGACUCUGGUGGGAACUCCAUAUUACAUGUCCCCAGAGCUCUGCCAGGGUGUGAAAUACAACUUCAAAUCUGAUAUUUGGGCGGUGGGAUGUGUCAUCUUUGAGCUGCUUACUCUGAAGAGGACUUUUGAUGCUACUAAUCCCCUGAACCUUUGUGUGAAGAUUGUACAGGGAAAUCGUGCCAUGGAGGUUGAUUCCACUGUCUACUCCCGGGAACUGAUCCAAAUGGUGAAUUCCUGCCUUGAUCAGGAUCCAGAGAAGAGACCUACUGCAGAUGAGUUGCUUGAACAUCCGCUGCUCAGCAAACGCAGGAGGGAGAUGGAAGAGAAAGUUACAUUGCUUAACGGGCCAAAUAAGCGACCAAGGUCAAGUACCAUGAAUGAGGCUCCCAUUGCAGUGGUGACUUCACGCACUAGUGAGGUGUAUGUCUGGGGGGGUGGAAAGUCCACCCCCCAGAAGCUGGAUGCCAUCAAAAGUGGCUGCAGUGCACGCCAGGUGUGUGCUGGCAACACUCACUUUGCUGUGGUGACAGUGGAGAAGGAGCUCUACACCUGGGUGAACAUGCAAGGGGGCACCAAGCUGCAUGGGCAGCUGGGACAUGGAGACAGAGCCUCUUACCGGCAGCCAAAGCAUGUUGAGAAGCUUCAGGGAAAAGCCAUUCGCCAGGUGUCCUGUGGAGAUGAUUUCACAGUGUGCAUUACAGAUGAGGGCCAGUUGUAUGCCUUUGGCUCAGAUUAUUAUGGAUGCAUUGGUGUUGACAAGGCUUAUGGCUCUGAAGUACUUGAGCCCCUGCAGCUGGAUUUCUUCCUUACCAACCCUGUGGAACAGGUCUCAUGUGGAGAUAACCAUGUGGCAGUGCUGACAAGGAACAGAGAAGUUUACACAUGGGGCUGUGGAGAAUAUGGGCGCUUGGGCUUGGAUUCUGAAGAAGAUCACUAUACCCCUCAGAAGGUGGAUGUGCCGAAGACCUUAACCAUUGUGUCUGUUUACUGUGGCUGUGAUGGGACUUUCCUGCUCACCCAGACAGGCAAAGUUUUGGCAUGUGGACUCAACGAGUUCAACAAGCUGGGCCUGAAUCAGUGCACAUCAGGGAUAAUAAACCAUGAUACGUACUAUGAGGUGCCAUAUGCCACUUCCCUUACUCUGGCCAAGCAGCUGUCCUUCUACAAGAUCCGCACCAUUUCUCCAGGGAAGACACACACAGCUUCCAUUGAUGAGCGAGGCCGCCUGCUGACCUUCGGCUCCAACAAGUGCGGACAGCUUGGUGUUGGGGACUAUAAGAAGCACCUGGGAAUUAACCUGCUGGGAGGCCCCCUGGGGGGUAAGCAGGUGAUCAGGGUUUCAUGUGGAGAUGAAUUCACCAUAGCUGCUACUGACGACAACCAUAUCUUUGCCUGGGGCAAUGGUGGGAAUGGGCGUCUGGCCAUGACGUCGACUGAGAGAGCUCAUGGCUCAGAUAUUUGUACCUCGUGGCCUCGGCCAAUAUUUGGAUCAUUGCAUCAUGUGCCAGACCUGUCGUGCCGUGGCUGGCACACCAUCAUCAUUGUUGAAAAGGUGUUGAACUCUAAAACAAUCCGUUCCAAUAGCAGUGGCCUGUCCAUUGGUACUGUGGCUCAGAGCUCCACGACUGGAGGAGGAGAGGAGGAGGAUAAUGAACAGGAAGCAGAGACCUCCAAUCCCAGUGGAGGCUUUCGGGGAACCAUGGAAGCAGAUCGUGAGCUGGGAGGCUGGAUCAGCACCACAGAGGCUAAAGGAGGCAACAGUGCUGACAGUAGCUCCUGCCCUGGCUGGCUGCGAAAGGAGCUGGAGAAUGCUGAAUUCAUCCCUAUGCCUGACAGCCCCUUUCCUCUGAGCAUGGCAUCUUCGGAGCCCGAGAAAGACACUCUUCCUUACCAGAAACUUCAAGGACUAAAAGUCGCCUCUGAGGAACCUGUUGCAUUAAACAAGCCCAAAACAGAGCCCUGGCCUGCUUGCCUGAGUCCAGCUGUGCUGUGCAGUGAAGGGAAGGCUUCAUCUCCCAGUGCAGGCUGCAUGUGCGGUGCUCUUCAAAUGGAGGUGGCACACCUCCGAGGCCUCGUUUUACAGUGUUUGGAGGAUCAGAAGAGGUUGCAGCAGGAAACCAUUCGUCUGAGUGCCCAACUCCGGCGGUUUUGCCGAGGGACAGAGGGAAUGCAGCAGGUGGAGGUUCAUUCCAAAGGAACACAGACAGCCAAAGAGGAGAUGGAAGUGGAUCCGAAACCUGACCUGGAUUCAGAUUCCUGGUGUCUCCUGGGAACGGACUCGUGCCGGUCCAGCCUCUAGUCUGCUGAGCCCACUGGGAUCCAUCUAACUUCACAGCACACUAACCGAAUGCAGAGAGCGGCUUUCCUGGCUUCAGGGCACUCGCAGACAAGGAGCGAGGCUGGAGGCUCCAGAGCAGCACCAUGGACGUUUGAUACGAACUAGGAGUGAGUUUGAAAGGGAAAGGGCCCCUGAGCUCUAGGCCAGCUCGGUGAUUGAAGCAGCAGCAGCUCCUCUUUGUACCUUAUCUGUCAGUUCUGCACCUGAGGCAGACCGGCCCCAUUAGGGUGAAGGCUCUAGUAGCCACUUGUGGCCCUUUCAUUGUUUCACUGCUUAUUAGGAGCUGCCUUUGGGACCUCAGUAUUCAUCACUGCAUCUCUAGAUGAGAGGAGGAGACAUGUUAUGUACUAAAGCUGGCUGAACCCCAAGACUUACCACUUUUACUUCAGAGGGGUGAAGGACUAGGAUCCUCUCCCUACCACAUGGUAAGGCCCAGCGGGUGAGGCUGCUCCCCUCUGCUCGGAGGCAGAGAGAGCAGAUAGUGUCUCAUUAUGGAGGAAGUGGAGAUCUUCCUGUUGCGGAGACAGUGCUAGACAGCGUGUCCCUGGCCUUGAGGCACAGCUUCUGGCGCUAUGGCUGUGUCCGGUGGCCUGUGUAGACAGAGUUUAAAGGCUUUAUUCUGGGUGCCUAGAGCUUUCCAGCUUCCAGGCAAUGCACUGACGUGAGUGAAUGAGGUGUCGUUUCCAGUAGUGGUAGCGGGGACUGUCUGAGAUGGGAUCUCUGGUUCUCCGUUUAAGACACCUGCUUCCAAACAGGUCACAGGCAUCUGGGCCUCAGAGUAAGUCACACAUUUCUUGCUCUAGCUGCUCAACUUGUUUGCCAGAGCUUCUGGCUUCCUGGCACAAGCCUGUAGCUGCUCCCUGCUUGGCUUCUGUUCUGCUCAGCCCCUGAUGCCCAUGCUCUGUGCAGCUGUGGGAAUAAUCAGUGGUUUUUUAUUCAGUGUUUUGAUGAAGCUGGAAUGCAUUUUCCUACCCAGAAUAGGUCAUUAGUGCUGUGGUCACAGGAUGCAGCCUUCCCCAAUGACUGUGAGUAUCAAGUCUCUGUCUGGAAUUCACCUUCUUCCUACAAGCGAGAGGCUUUCCUAAGAAAAUUGGAGAGGGAAAGAAGCAUGUUUUCAUGCUCGGUAUUUUCUUAAUUCCUGUUAGAGAAUGAGGUUAAUUUUAUUCCCCUUAAAUUGAUUAGCAAACUGUCUUUGAACUAAGCUUUUGGGUGCAGCUAGCCUCCCCUGCCUUAUGUGAAGCCUCUAAGGAGUCCUGAGUCCUUCUCACCUUUGCUGUAAGACGGGUUGUGACUUCAGUAGGCUUAAAACAUCCCCAUCAAUGGCAUGUCACUAGAAUUGCCUUAGAUUUGUUGGUUAUCCAGUCACGUCUCAUGGACUUCUUUUGAGAGACUGUUUAGGGGAGCCAGUAUUCCCCAUUUGUCUCUAGAGGUGGAUGCCAAACCACUGCUUGCAAUUUAUGCUUCUUGAAUACUUCUUUGGUGCCUAUUGCUUGUAUCUUGGAGCUGAAUCAAGUGCAGUCUCCAGUGCAAUGUCCAGGGUAAGGAUUGUACUGAAGGAAGAGCAGGGGAACAGCCCUCCUGGAAUGUGGUGAGCAUCAGGUGCCCUGAUGUGGCCACAUUGUUUGGUUGCCUUUGUGACUCUGCUCUCCUUUCUCCCAUAUGUAUUGGAGCCAGUUCUUAUGUUAGGGUCCCGGCCUGAAGGUGGUUGUUGCUGUUGGAAAUGAUUGAGUUGGUCACGUUGCAGAAGUGCCGAGUGAAAAGCUGAGCCUGAGCUGUCUCCCACAUGCAGACACCAAGUUGAUGGGAGUCGCUCUUGUGCAGUGCACUACUAUCCUCAUUUCUCAGUGCUCUGUGGUUGGGAAGCUAGGUGCACAGACUGGAUUCCCCUUGGAUCUAGUGGAGAAUUAGAGUCCCUGACAGAGGAUGCUCCACAAUCACACAUGUGCCUUAGAGGAUUCACGCUCCCCAGGUUGUGCUUGUUACAGACCGCAGAUUUCACACCAGCCAGCUAUGCAACCAAAAAAAAGGAGUUUAAAGCCAGCACCUUCAUCUUGGGCUGAAACGGGAAGGGCAAGUGGGCAGAAAUGCUUUUGAGCAGUUUCAAACCCUUUUAAAUUCUCCCCUUCUUGCAGUGCUAGCUCUGUAUGUGUUGGUCUCCUGCUAGUAUUGCUACAGAGUUGUUAUAGUGGAACACAACUUAUGCCUUGCUCUGACACUCUGGCUGAAAACUAGUUUGUCAUUGUCUUUGUUUUUGAAAGGUUAAAGGGUGUAGUGGUUUGGAGUUCUUGUUUAAAUAAAUGUUUAAAGU